UGCUGCUGCGACUUUUGUUCCCUGGUGAAUAGCAGUUGCUGGAAGCCCGAGGCCGGAUGGCUUGGUAGCAGCCACCUCUCGCCUGGAGACGGGAGACCAGGGCUCAGAAGCAAGCAGCUUAAGAGUGGCCCGGAUAACAGCGGCAGAGGUGACCCCGGCUGCGAGUGCCACUGUCCUGGGGCUGCCAAUGUGACGGUCUGUGUCCUGGGCACCAUGACGCGGGACGAGCAGGGCAGGGAGGAGCUCGGUUAUGAUCGCAUGCCCACCCUGGAGCGCGGAAGGCCUGACGCAGGGAGCUACGCCCUGGACACCAAGCCCAAUGACCUCCAGCUGGCGACGAGGCUGCCCCCGUGCUUCAGUCACAAGACGUGGGUCCUUUCCGUGUUGAUGGGGAGCUGUCUACUUGUGACGUCGGGGUUUUCGCUCUACCUGGGAAACGUGUUUCCCUCUGAAAUGGAUUACUUACGUUGUGCUGCAGGAUCGUGCCUUCCCUCAGCAAUCGUGAGCUUUGCCGUUUCACGGAGAAACAUCAGUGCGAUCCCCAACUUUCAGAUCCUGUUUGUGUCCACAUUCGCAAUCACCACUACAUGUUUAAUCUGGUUUGGAUGCAAACUGGUCGUGAACCCCUCGGCAAUAGACAUAAAUUUUAAUCUGAUUCUGCUCCUUCUGUUGGAGCUUUUCAUGGCGGCCACAGUGAUCAUCUCAGCACGAUCAAGUGAGGCGCACUGUAAGCAGAAGGGUCCCAUGUUGGAGAGCGCCAACAUUUUGUACGAAGCGGCAUUUCCUGCCCGGGUCCUAAAAUCCUAUUCAGUCAUCGAGGUGAUUGCUGGUGUCUCUGCUGUCCUGGGUGGGGUUAUCGCUCUGAACGUGGAUGACGCUGUCUCGGGGCCACACCUCUCAGUGACGUUCUUUUGGAUCUUAGUGGCCUGUUUUCCAAGUGCCAUUGCCAGUCACGUCACAGCCGAGUGUCCCAGCAAGUGUCUGGUGGAGGUGCUGAUCGCCAUCUGCAGUCUCACAUCCCCGCUGCUGUUCACGGCCUCUGGGUACCUGUCAUUCAGCAUCAUGAGAAUCAUGGAGAUCUUCAAAGAUUACCCACCGGCCAUCAAGCAAUCCUAUGACGUGCUCCUGCUGCUUCUCAUGUUGGAGCUGCUGCUGCAGGCUGGCCUCAACACGGGCACCGUCAUCCAGUGUGUGAGCUUCAAGCUGGGAGCAUCCUGGGAUGCCGCACAGACCAGCCAGCAAGAGCGCCCCCCAGGGGAGGUGUCCAGGAGCCCACUGAAGGAGUUCGACAAGGAGAAGGCGUGGAGGGCCGUGGUGGUACAGAUGGCCCAGUGAGCACGGGCGGGGAGACCAAGGCAGGAGCAGGGACCCACCUGGCUAGUUGUCAUCUGGCUACCACUGACUUGCCUUCCACCUCCGUCCAGGCCAGGCUGCAAGGUGGAGUCUUCAUUGCUUAGAGUAGUUUAGUUCUCAGGCUCGUGUUGACUAUUUUGUGCUUAUCAGUGUGUCAGGUCCUGGCCGCCCAGGCGCCCCCAGGGCGGUGGCACGGGGCCUUCAGGUGAGGAGGGCAAGCAGGAGCCAGGCCUUCCAGGGCCGAGGGGCAUCUGUUUGCUCACAGGUGUGGCCAGCCGCCUGGCUGCUCCCCUGCACCUGGCCGGCCUCCCUGGCCCGUUGUGGAGGAGGCAGCUCGCCGGCCGUGCACAGCCCCACAGGGGUCUCACCAGCUCCCGUGUUUGUCGUCUGAGCCCAGCCGGCCAUGCACGGUUUCUGACAAGAGAGCAGAGCUGCACAUUCCCGUCAUGUCUCAUGAGCCAGGGGCGCCCCCACGCUCACAGCUGUCCCUCUGUGAAGCCCAUGUGCCCAAGUUUCCACCUCGUUGCAGAGGGACCUGCCCUCUCCAUGGCCCUGGUGUCUGUGGCGCCCCUGGUACACAGAGACCCGGGUCAGCAUUGGCUGCACUGGCACCAGGGGGUUCCCAGCUCCUGAGCCCUUUGCCAGCACCCAUGCUGGGAGUGACCCUCGCCACUGUGACAGCUCAGUGUUCUUUGGGGUGGGGCCCCAUCCAAGGCUUUGAAAACUUGGGCCACAUUUCGUGGUCUCGUCGGCCUUGGUGAUGUGGGUGGGGUUGGUCCCGUUCCUCCUGUUGUGGGUUCUGCUUUGACUCCGGUUACCAUGCCUGAAAUCGCAGACAGAUGCCCCCGGGACCCUCGGGGCAUCAGCGUCUCCGUGCACUCCCUGACCUGACCCAGCUGAGCCCGGGCCAGGGGUCUCCCCCAUCUGUCACUGCCACCCUCCCCCUCGGGCACACAGCAGAGGCAGUCUGUGAGAAUAACAUCCCCUUCACUGAAAAGCACCGCCCAAAAUUAGAUUGUGUGCCUCUCCUUGUCCCCUGAGUACACCUGGAACUUCUGGGAGGACAGUUACCUUUCCCAGUGGACCUGGUCACUGAUGACUCCUCCGCACCCUUCCUUCCAAAGUGGAAAGUUCACUGUCCCAUGUGUCCUUCACAAGCCUACACAUGCCUGCGCUGGUCUCUUUCCUUCCCCUGGAAAGAGUGAAACAGCCCUGUGCUCGGCUGGGAGGUGCUAAUGCUUGCUCUUUACUGAGCUCGUGGGUGAGGACAUGGGGCUGCUGGGUGUAGACUCCAUGAUGUGCCCUGCUUCCUUAUUUCCCAGCACAAGUGACUGGCUGCCUGUCUUCACCACCAGCUGGGUCAUUUUCAAACAGGAGGAAUGCAGGUGAGACAUGGAGAGGUACUUGGAAGCACUGAUGGCUUCUCCUGCACACGUGUGCACGGCCUCCCCCAGCACCCCCCCCUCCCCCCCGCCCGAAGCAGCACAGGACAUGCUGAUGUGUUCCUGGGUGUCCAGAAAGUCUGAGUCUUAGAGCCAGAAUUAGACGUCUGGGGGCUCAAUACAGGCUUGUAGUUUAUUUCAGAGAGAGCUUGAGAAAUCCAGGCAAAUGGGGGUUUAAAAAUUUAUAACUCCAUUUACAUUUUUGUCUGAUACAGUUUAGCAUCUCCUGAACAAUAAAUGCUAACAUGUAAAUGCAGCCUAUUUUAUUUCGGGGCUCUUGGGUUCUGAAAACAAUGAGAGGGAGAGCGUAGGAGGGCAGGUGGAGGGGAGGGCUGGGAGUGCCUCC